UUUGACCAAAGAGAAAUCAAGAAAACACAUCACCAUACAAACAACAAAGAAGAAGAAAAAUCUCACCUUCCUUCUUCCUUCCCUUUAGCCUCCUUCCUUAUAAACUGCCCACCUCUCUCCCCUGCUCUCUCCACACCAAAUCCAAACUCAUUUUGUUUGAUUGGUACUCCUCCUCUCCAUAAGUUCCUCUUGAUUAAGGGAUUUUGAUGAAGGGUGAAUAUUGCCCUUUAGGUUCACAAAUGGAGAAGAAAGAUGGGUUUUUCUGUGAGAGUUGCUCAAAAUUGCUUGAAUUUUCAGCUGCAGAUGAUGUGGGUGGGUUCAUUGGUGAAGUAGAAGGGAAGGGUUGUGAUGUUAAUGAGCUGAGCUUGUGGUAUGGUAGGCGAAUCGGGUCGAGAAAGAUGGGGUUAGAAGAGAGGAGCCCUCUUAUGAUUGCUUCCAUGUAUGGAAGUGUUGAGGUUCUCAAGUAUAUUGUUCAGACUGGGAAGGUUGAUGUGAACAUGGCUUGUGGCUCGGAUGGGGCGACCGCCCUUCACUGUGCAGUGGCUGGUGGCUCGGAGGCGGCUGCUGAGGUUGUCAAGAUCCUCGUUGAUGCCUCGGCUGAUGUGAAUUGCGUUGAUGCUAGCGGGAACAAGCCCUAUAGCUUGAAGUCCUCGGGAGGGUUGAAGAGAAGAACCCUCGAGUUGUUGAAAGGCAAGGUUGGUGAUGAUGAAGAAGAAAAAACGGAAAUGGUGGGUCGAUUGGUGAAAGAGUAUCCUAUUGAUACUUCGUUGCCCGAUAUAAAUAAUGGGAUAUACGGGAGUGAUGAGUUUAGGAUGUAUAGUUUCAAGAUUAAGCCGUGCUCGAGGGCUUAUUCUCAUGACUGGACCGAGUGCCCUUUUGUUCAUCCGGGCGAGAAUGCGAGGAGGCGUGACCCGAGGAAGUAUACAUAUAGUUGUGUCCCGUGCCCCGAGUUCAAGAAGGGGAGUUGUGGAAAGGGCGAUGCGUGUGAAUUUGCCCAUGGUAUAUUCGAGUCCUGGCUUCAUCCCGCUCAAUAUAGAACCCGUUUGUGCAAGGACGAGACCGGGUGCUCGAGGAAAGUAUGCUUCUUUGCUCACAAGCCCGAGGAGUUACGCCCACUCUAUGCAUCUACCGGUUCCGCUAUUCCUUCACCAAAGUCCGUUUCGGUCAGUUCAAUGGACAUGGCCACGUUGAGCCCGUUGGCUCUUGGUUCUUCGUCUUUGUUGUUGUCUACUACUUCAACACCGCCCAUGUCUCCAACCGUUAGUUGCUCCUCGUCUCCGAUGUGGCAGAACAAGAUGAACUUCACCCCGCCUACGUUACAGCUUCCCGGGAGCAGGCUGAAGACAGCUCGGAAUGCUCGGGAUUUGGAGCUCGAGAUGGAAUUGCUUAGCUUGGAAAGUAUUCGUUCCCAACAACAUAGGCAGCAGCAACUGGUCGACGAGAUGGCUGGUCUCUCGUCCCCGUCCCAUUGGAAUAAGGACUACAAUAGGCUCGGGGAUUUCAAGCCUACUAAUCUCGAGGAUGUAUUAGCCUUAGCCUCCCUCGAUUCGCCCUUGGCAUCCCAAUUGCAGUGCCUCUCGCCCAAGGUUCAAAGUCCCAGCAGUUCCCAGCUGCAAUCCCCGAUUCGCCAAAACAUGAACCAACUCCGAGCUAGCUAUCCCGCCACGCUUUCCUCUUCCCCAGCAAGGAAGACAUCUUCGUACGGAUACGACUCGUCUGCAGCUGUGGCAGCUGCAGUCAUGAACUCGAGGUCUGCUGGGUUCGCGAAACGCAGCCAGAGCUUCAUCGACCGCAGUGGUGGGGCCACUCACCACGCUGCAAACUCUCGAGGCCUCUCCGAUUGGAGCUCCCCAGACGGGAAACUGGAUUGGGGCUUCAACGGGGACGAUCUAAACAAACUCAAAAGAUCCUCCUCGUUUGGCAUUCGGGGUGCAAAUGCUUCAAACCGAACCCCAAUCAUCGCCCCAUCACAGACACACGAGCCCGACGUGUCUUGGGUACACGAUCCCAACCCGUCGUGGAUCGACCAGAUGUUGUACAUAGAGCAGGAGCAGAUGGUGGCUUAGCCUGACAGGAUUGUAGAGGAGUAAAUCACGGUGACUCAGUGGUCCAUUAGGUGAGAGGACCAAUGCUUGGUACCCACAAGGAGCCACUCGCACACUGCGACUGUUAGGGCUCAACCUUACGUGGGCCCACAAUCUGCUACCCAGAAAACAGCUAAGAAAUCUCCAAAGUUGCUCCCAAUCCCGAGGGGCCUUAUCAACCAAACGGUCUACAAGUUCUCCGAAGUGCCCUACACCCUGCAGUUGCCAACGAACCAGAGUUGAAUUGUGUCCCGGGAGCAGGUUUUGCUCCGGAAUAUGGAGAAGGGUUGUCGCAGCGUUUGCAGAUGAUGAUGCUGAUACAGUUUUGAGAGCCUGUGAAGCAGCAAAACUUGAAUUGAUUCUGGUAAAUAUGACUAUUCCACAUCACCAAUCAUCUUCUUGAACUGUUUUGUCAAAUCUUUGCCAAUAGUGAUUGGCUUUUAGUUAGUGAUCUUGGUGGUCCUAAACCACCAUAAAAGUUAUGGCAAUUAUUUUUUCUGAUAAAAA